UAAAGGGAACAAACACAAACACACGCACGCACGCAACUUGAGCGCCCCAGCCGAUGGCUGCGUCCCUGGCUUUGUGGCCCAGUCACCAGCGUCGCCGAGCGGCGGGUUUGGAGGGUGUCAACUCUGGGGACGUGAGUGCGUGUGAUUGUUGGGGAGGGGAAAUGUGAUCCACGGCUCGGCGUCCCCUGCCGCGGCCGGAGGAAGGCGUGGCGGCCGCGCGGCGGGGCUGUUGCCGGCUUCUCUCGUUACGGUGGCGGCCGCCCGCUUCCCUUCGCCACGCUGGGAGAACUCACGGAAGGACUUGGGAUGAGAAUGCCUGUUUUGCUGUCGGGAGGGUGAAGGCUGUUUUAAAAUGGUAUGGCCUCACAAGUCUUGGUCUACCCACCAUAUGUUUAUCAAACUCAGUCAAGUGCCUUUUGUAGUGUGAAGAAACUCAAAGUAGAGCCAAGCAGUUGUAUAUUCCAGGAAAGAAACUAUCCACGGACCUAUGUGAAUGGUAGAAACGUUGGAAAUUCUCAUCUUCUCACGAAGGGUAGUGCUUUUCAGACAAAGGUGGCAUUUAACAGACCUCGAGGACACAACUUUUCGUUGCAGACAAGUGCUGUUGUUUUAAAAAACACUGCGGGUGCUACAAAGGUCAUAGCAACUCAGGCUCAGCAAGUUCAAGUGGAGGCACCUCAGAUUGGAGCGUGGCGACACAGAUUACAUUUCCUAGGAGGCCCCCAGCGAUGCGGAUUGAAGCGCAAGAGUGAAGAGUUGGAUAAUCAUAGCAGCGCAAUGCAGAUUGUCGAUGAAUUGUCCAUACUUCCUGCAAUGUUGCAAACCAACAUGGGAAAUCCAGUGACAGUUGUGACAACUACCACAGGAACAAAACAGAAUUGUACCACUGGAGAAGGUGACUAUCAGUUAGUACAACAUGAAGUCUUAUGCUCCAUGAAAAAUACUUAUGAAGUCCUUGAUUUUCUUGGUCGAGGCACUUUUGGCCAAGUUGUCAAAUGCUGGAAAAGAGGGACAAAUGAAAUUGUAGCAAUCAAAAUUUUGAAGAAUCACCCUUCUUAUGCACGUCAAGGUCAAAUAGAAGUGAGCAUAUUAGCAAGACUCAGUACUGAAAAUGCUGAUGAAUAUAACUUUGUACGAGCUUAUGAGUGCUUUCAGCACCGUAACCAUACUUGUUUAGUCUUUGAGAUGCUGGAACAAAACUUGUAUGACUUUCUGAAACAAAAUAAAUUCAGUCCCCUGCCACUAAAAGUAAUUCGACCUAUUCUUCAACAAGUGGCCACUGCACUGAAGAAAUUGAAAAGUCUUGGUUUAAUUCAUGCUGACCUCAAACCAGAGAAUAUUAUGUUGGUGGAUCCUGUUCGGCAGCCUUACAGGGUUAAAGUAAUAGACUUUGGGUCGGCCAGUCAUGUAUCAAAGACUGUUUGUUCAACAUAUCUACAAUCUCGGUACUACAGAGCUCCAGAGAUUAUAUUGGGGUUGCCAUUUUGUGAAGCCAUAGAUAUGUGGUCAUUGGGAUGUGUGAUUGCAGAAUUAUUCCUUGGAUGGCCGCUCUACCCAGGAGCUUUGGAGUAUGACCAGAUUCGAUACAUUUCUCAGACUCAAGGUUUACCAGGAGAACAGUUGUUAAAUGUGGGUACAAAAUCCACAAGAUUUUUUUGCAGAGAAACAGAUAUUUCUCAUUCUGGUUGGAGAUUAAAGACACUAGAAGAGCAUGAGGCAGAGACAGGAAUGAAGUCUAAAGAAGCCAGAAAGUACAUCUUCAACAAUCUGGAUGACAUAGUGCAUGUGAACACAGUGAUGGAUUUGGAAGGAAGUGAUCUUUUGGCUGAGAAAGCUGAUAGAAGAGAAUUCGUUAGUCUGUUGAAGAAAAUGUUGCUAAUUGAUGCAGAUUUAAGAGUUACUCCAGCUGAGACUUUGAAUCAUCCUUUUGUUAAUAUGAAACAUCUUCUAGAUUUCCCUCAUAGCAACCACGUAAAGUCCUGUUUUCAUAUUAUGGAUAUUUGUAAGUCCCACCCAAAUUCAUGUGACACAAAUAAUCACAAUAAAACUUCACUUUUAAGACCAGUAGCUUCAAGCAGUACUGCUAAUCUGACAGCAAAUUUUACUAAAAUUGGCACAUUAAGAAGUCAGGCAUUAACCACAUCUGCUCAUUCAGUUGUGCACCAUGGGAUUCCUCUGCAGGCUGGAACUGCUCAUUUUGGUUGUGGUGAUGCUUUUCAGCAGACACUGAUUAUCUGUCCCCCAGCUAUUCAAGGUAUUCCUGCAACGCAUGGCAAACCCACUAGUUAUUCAAUAAGGGUAGAUAAUACAGUUCCACUUGUAACUCAGGCCCCAGCUGUUCAGCCCCUACAAAUCCGACCAGGAGUUCUGUCCCAGACGUGGUCUGGUAGAACACAGCAGGUGCUGGUACCUGCCUGGCAACAGGUAGCACCCAUGGCUCCUGCUGCUACUACAUUAACUUCUGAGAGUGUGGCUGGUUCACAAAGGCUUGGAGACUGGGGGAAAAUGAUUUCACACAGCAAUCAUUAUAGCUCAGUGAUGCCGCAACCUCUUCUAACCAGUCAGAUAACUUUAUCGGCCCCGCAGCCAAUCAGUGUGGGCAUUGCACAUGUUGUCUGGCCUCAGCCUGCUACUACCAAGAAAAAUAAACUGUGUCAGAACAGGAGUAAUGCAUUGCAGAAUACCAAUAUCCCACAUUCAGCAUUUAUUUCUCCAAAGAUAGUAAAUGGAAAAGAUGUUGAGGAAGUAAGUUGUAUAGAAACACAGGACAAUCAUAACUCAGAAGGAGAGGCAAGAAAUUGUUGUGAGACAUCUAUCAGGCAGGACUCUGAUUCAUCAAUUUCAGACAAACAGCGGCAAACCAUCAUCAUUGCUGACUCCCCAAGUCCUGCAGUGAGUGUGAUCACUAUUAGCAGUGACACUGAUGAAGAGGAGACAUCACAGAGACAUUCUCUUAGAGAAUGUAAAGGUAGUCUAGAUUGUGAAGCUUGCCAGAGCACUUUGAACAUCGAUCGGAUGUGUUCAUUAAGCAGUCCUGAUAGUACUCUGAGCACCAGCUCCUCAGAGCAGUCCAGCCCAUCCCCUUGCAAGAGACCGAACAGUAUGUCAGAUGAAGAGCAGGAAAGUGGUUGUGAUACCGUGGAUGGCUCUCCAACAUCAGACUCUUCGGGACGUGACAGUCCCUUUGCAGAGAACAGUUUUGUGGAGGACACUCACCAAAACACAGAACUGGUAACCUCUGCCAACACAGAAGCCAAACCAGCUGUCUGUACUGUUGUGGUGCCACCAAUGGGACUAGAAAAUGGAUUAAAUGCCGAUGAGCAUAUGGCAAACACAGAUUCUAUAUGCCAGCCAUUAAUAAAAGGACGAUCUGCUCCUGGGAGAUUAAACCAGCCUUCCACAGUGGGUAAUCGUCAGCAAAAAUUGACAUCAGCAUUCCAGCAACAGCAUUUGAAUUUCAGUCAGGUUCAUCACUUCGGAUCUGGGCAUCAAGAGUGGAAUGGAAACUUCGGACAUCGAAGACAGCAAGCUUAUAUCCCUACUAGUGUUACCAGUAAUCCUUUCACUCUUUCUCAUGGAAGUCCCAGUCACACAGCUGUGCAUGCCCAUCUGGCUGGAAGUACACACCUCGGAGGACAGCCUACUCUACUUCCAUACCCAUCAUCAGCUACCCUCAGUAGUGCUGCACCAGUGGCCCACCUCUUAGCUUCUCCAUGUACCUCAAGACCUAUGUUACAGCAUCCAUCUUAUAAUAUCUCCCAUCCCAGUGGCAUAGUUCACCAGGUCCCAGUGGGCAUAAAUCCCCGGCUGUUACCAUCCCCAACCAUUCAUCAGACUCAGUACAAACCAAUCUUCCCACCACAUUCUUAUAUUGCAGCAUCACCUGCGUAUACUGGAUUUCCAUUAAGUCCAACAAAACUCAGCCAGUAUCCAUAUAUGUGAAAACUCAAAAAGAGUAUAUUGAGGAAGCUCAAUGAUAGAAGCAUUUGAUUAAAAAUAAAAACAUGGUAUUUAAUAAAUAUUAGCCAUGGCACAAGAAAAUUAUUUUUGAAUCAUGUAGACUUGGGUGCAAUUUAAACAACUUUGAGCUUUAAAAAAAAAACUCACUUUUAAUGUGUUUUGCACAUUUGGUAUAACGUCUUUGGUCAUGUUAUCUUCUUAUGUAGUAACUCUAGACAGGUGACUUACGGGAGCGGAAGUCCAGUUUUGCUCCUGCUAUUUUUUAUAAAAUUGCCUUCUAACUAGUGCAAGACACGUCCACAUUUGGGAAGCCAUUCUGUGUACAGACUUAGAGUAACAGAUGCACAUAUGUCAGAAUUACAGCAUACAAGUGAAUUGUAUUAUCUGUGUCUUAGUGUAUAAAUGUUGGGUCACUUACCUAAGAAAUUGAGCUAUUGUUCUUUACAUUUGCAUGUGUCUUUGCAUGGGCAAAAUGUUGCCUAGACUUUGCUCUUAAAUGUUGUUCUUAUAAUCUCAGCUGCAUUGUAAACCGUUCCCACACAUAGUGCCUUAAAUAUUUGAGGUUGUUAAUGUUAUUACCUAUAUAUAAAUGUUGAGGACUGCAGCACUUAAAAUUCAGACCUACUCUUUAGUUUUCUUUUGAGAGAGUAACGUUCAUUUUUGGUUUUGUGUGGUAUGAUUUCAGGUCGUAGCUGUUUUUUCCUUACUAAGAGGGCAGCAUGUUUGCUAUAGCUGAAUUCUGCUGUCAGAUUUUUCAGAAUGAUCUAGCUUCAAGGAAAGCAAGCAGUUAGUAGUGCUUAAGAAAAAUUGAUUCAGUAUCUAAUGGAUAGUUGAUAUCUGUCACAACACAGCAUUUUAUAUACUGUUAAGUAAAACUGCAAUACAAUCUAAGUUUAUUUUUGGAGUGUUUGCUGUAUAAUUGGAUUUAAUAAAAUGUUUAGAGGUACAGUAGGCAUGACUUUGAGUAGAUAAUGAAAGAAAAUGCAAAUUACUCAUUGAUUCAUGAUGUGGUUUCAUCUUAGCUUGGGCAAACCAUGCAGUAUUUAAUAAGUAGUAGCAGAAAAUAUUUACUAUUGAAGCUUGAAAAGAUGUGAGUUCUUUGUGUGCAAUUUUUCAUUUAUGCAUGUGAGAGGUUUUUUGUUUUUUUUUUUUUAAGUAUUUUUACAUUGUAGUACUUGUUUCGCUUGUUGGCGGUAUUUGCUUAUUUAAUACAUUCCGUCAGGGACAGAAAUUACAUGCUUUUCUUCCUAGGAAGUGUGUCUUGGGUUUUUUUCUUUCUUAUUCUUAUUCUUUUUUAUUUUUAUUUUUUUGAUGGUGAUGGUGGUGGUGUUUAAAUGAAGUUGCUUUUACAGCACCAAAGACUUAAUCAUCCAUUUCCUAUAUAAAAGGUAGCUACUUUUUGCAUAGACCUCAAGUAUAUUGUAGUGUAGAGGUGGACUUUAAGGAAAGGUAUUAAACAGGCUGUGUUUUAGCUUAUGGGCAAGUAAUACAUUGUAUCAUUUAUCUUGAAUGUAUCAUAGAUAAGCUGCUAUAUAACGAUUGCCACUUCAGAUAGCUGUGAAAUUAGGUGAUUAACUAGUUGUUAUUUAGCCUUCUAAUUUCUGUAUAAGUCUAAUUACAUGAAAUAGAAGUUGAGGUUUUGAUUUUUUACUUUGCUUUUCUGUUUGGAGUGUCAUUGUAACUACUGUAUUGUAAAUGAUGGAAAAUAAUUGCAUAUGUUAUUUUGGGGUGUGUUAAUUGCAUCAGUAUUUUAUCUCUAUUAAUGUUUGUGCUCAUCACUGCAUAUAAAAAACUUGGAUGUAUCAAUGUAACUUAAUUUUUUAUUUUCAUACUGGCAUUGUAGACACUUGAGACAGCUGUAUCUUGCAGGCUUGACUUAACUUUUUUUCCUUAAAAAUCUGGAAUAUAAUCUCACAGCAUUUACUGGAAUAAACAGUACAAAGCAUUUGAGUGUAAAACUCUCCAAAUGUUUUGGAUUUAUAGCAUUUCUUUGAUAAAUGAAUUGCAUACCACUAGUACAGCUCUAGUACAGCAUUGACAAUAAGCUAAUAAUGGAUAAACUUUUCUUUACUCCAUUAA